UAUUUGGUAACGGUGGGGGGACCCAGUAGAGUGAAACUGUUUUUAAGCUUCAGUGAAUGAAGCAAAGCCGUUCCACCUUUCGCCGGACUCACAUCUCCGGCGUCGAGGAACCAAUCGAUCCCACACCAUGCCGAUGAGACACCUCAACGCCAUGGCGACUCUACUAAUGAUGUUCUUCACUCUCCUGAUCCUCUCUUUCACCGGCAUUCUCGAAUUCCCCUCCGCCUCCACUUCGCUUCCCCACCCCGAUUCCUCCUCCUCCUCCACCGCCGCCGUAUCAUCGGAUCCGUUCGGAGACGUCUUGGUGGCGUUUAGAAAAUGGGAUUCUCAAGUGGGUUGUGCUCGGUUCAGGGGGAAUCAUCGCAAGGGCAAUCUCAGUUCGGGUGCUUUACAAGAUUCCGGCGGGUCGGGUUGCGGUGGGAUGAAGAUGGAUCAUGUCCGGGUUUUGGUGAAAGGGUGGACUUGGGUUCCGGAUAAUUUGGAGAAUUUGUAUUCUUGUCGGUGUGGGAUGACUUGUUUGUGGACUAAAUCAGCUGUUCUGUCUGAUUCGCCUGACGCUUUGUUGUUCGAAACGACAACUCCUCCGUUACAGGUACGUGUUGCAGAGCCACUCCUUGUGUACAUGGAGCUAGAGGCAGGAAGAAAACGUUCAGGCCGUGAAGAUAUAUUCAUCAGCUACCAUGCCAAGGACGAUGUCCAAACAACUUACGCGGGUGCUCUCUUUCACAAUAACAGAAACUACCACAUCUCUGCACAUAAAAACAAUGAUGUUCUAGUGUACUGGUCUUCCUCAAGAUGCCUCUCACACAGAGACCGUCUCGCAAAGAGCCUCCUGGAUCUGAUUCCACACCACUCCUUUGGUAAGUGUCUCAACAACGUUGGUGGCUUGAACUCUGCUCUCGCUAUGUAUCCAGAAUGCGCCGCGGAGUCCAACGCCGAGCCGAAAUGGUACGACCAUCUACACUGCGCUAUGUCACACUACAAAUUCGUCCUCGCGAUCGAAAACAUGGCCACUGAGUCAUACGUGACAGAGAAGCUUUUCUACGCGCUGGAUUCUGGCUCUGUCCCUAUCUAUUUCGGAGCUCCUAACGUGCAAGACUUCGUCCCUCCGCACUCUGUGAUAGACGGUAGCAAGUUCGGUUCGAUGAAGGAACUGGCGGCUUAUGUGAAGAGGAUCGGUGAUGAUCCAGUAGCGUACUCGGAGUAUCACGCGUGGAGGCGGUGUGGAGUAGUGGGGAACUACGGUAGAACACGCGCGGUGAGUCUUGAUACGUUGCCUUGUCGGUUGUGUGAAGAGGUUAGCAGAAGAGGCGGGAAGAACGCCGGAGUUUGACGUCCCAUCAGUGGUUUGGAUUAUUACAUCUCGAGUGGUUCUGUUAAUGUGGUCUCAUGAUAUGUUAACUGAUGCCAUAUGUAAUCACUCCAAGCAAUUGAUACACUAAUUACAAACAUUUGGAAACAUUGCAAUGAUUUGCAAACUUAAUGAUAGUAGUGUUUAUGUGCUUUGAAUA